AUGAGUUUGGAAUGCGAAGGCCGCGGUGCGGUCUGUGAGGAGUGUGGCCACUUUGAUUUUCUACCGACGCGGUGCAGCUACUGCAGGGGUCUCUUCUGUGCGACGCACGCGACGCGGCAUCACGUCGCCGUCCUCGAGCCUUCCCCCGCGGGUGGGGCGACGGGGCCGUGGUGCGCCCCCCCCACGGAGGCUUCACAGGGAGUCUCCUGUACAUUGGGGCCCUCUGACUUAAAACAAUCGGACCUAAGGCCCUUUGACCUAAGCCUUUCUGACUUAAGACCGUCUGAUCUAAGGCCGUGUGCCGAGCACGGCCACGAGGAGGCCCCUUCUGGUCGGGAGGGAGGCAAGAGAGUUCGGGGGGCACAGGUCGCGGGCCGCGCGCCGCUGGUUCUUGUCCCGCCGGAUUACACAGGGCGUCGGAUGGGCCUGGUGGCCGUUGUGGCUCUGCCUCGCCCCGGCGCGUCCAUGGGCUGGAAUUUGGACGUGUGCAGCCUUUCGGUGGCGACGGAGUUUGCCCUCGGCCAGCUUGUUGAGCGGUGCCUAGGGGCUCUGAAGUUGUCGAACAGGUCUUCAGAUGUGACCCCGGGGGAUUUCUCGCGUGCGACCCUAUGGCGAAUCGUUGCGCAUUUUGACAAGGUAGCAAAAGGGGGAAUGACGCGGGCAGACCAAGCUACGUUUACUGGUCAGACUCCAACUCUUCGCCUGGAUCCCCAAUCUCUCGCCGUUGUAGCGCGAGAGACACUUAGCUCGGGAGACACGGUGGUUUUGCUUGCUACAAACUCCCCAAAUGACUCCAAGAAAGAUUGGACAAUUUCGUCGCUUUCAGAAGCAUUGGUAGAUUUAUUUUUUUCACCGCAUCGCCGUUCUGGUGAGUUGGCGAAUAAUCCAUUUGUUUUGGCUGCGGCCACCCGGCUUCGUCUGCAGGCUCAAGCACGUUUGUCUACAUCCCCUCUUGGCGUUGAUCUCGAUAGGAAGUGCACCACGUUGAUGUCGGAGCAGGGGGGUGCCCAUGAGCAAGAGGAUCACCUAGAUAACGCUGUAAGUGCGGUGAAAGCUAACUGCCCGUUGGAUAAUUACUCAAUAUUGGCAGUUUCCCAUCCUUCUGCAGGUCCAUCACCUGUGAUAAGUACAGAUGAUGCUGCACUUUCUCCGUCCGAGUGGCCUUUUCGCACACCACCACCUUUCUCUAAGUUUAGUUUUUCUAAUAACAAGGUGAAUCCGCGUGGUGCAAAGGAGGCGAGCGGCAGCGGUAAUACUAGAGUUGUGGCUGCUGUUUUUGUCGAGGAUUUAUCACUACCAGCGGCGGUGAUGCCUUUUUGCAUUGCAUUACGACAGCAGUGGUGCACCGGAAAGCUAAUUGAGCGUGUGAAAGAGGAGGCGGCGGCCUCCUCCGGGUUACGGUUAGGUGCCUUUUCUGAGUAUCAUGUAUUUAUCCUUACUUCAGAUCCACCGAAGAAACUUAACAAGGAGGAUCGGUCGGUGCCAAUUGCAAACGGUGACGUGCUACUUCUUGGUAAAUCAGAGUAUUGUGAAGACGACGUGGCUACCAGAACUGGGGUGACUGUGAAUCGCGCCGUCGUGCAGGAGCUCGAUUGCAUGCGGCAAUUGAAAGGUAAGGAGCAGAUGGCGCUUAGAAUGGAUAUGAUGAAGAAGUGUAUACUUAUGUAG